UAUGGAUUCUGAAUAUCAACAACGUGUCCCACCUACUGCUUCAAAUAGACGACGUCGUGAAUUGGAUGUAGACCAUCAACGGGGACGAGGGCGUGGGCGAGGACGAGGUCAAGGUCGUGGUCGAGGUCGUGAUCCAGUUUCGGUAGAAUAUGAUAUUCCCAGUGCCAGUCAAAGUGAGGGCCGAAGCCAAAGACGAGUUGAAGGUUAUGAUAUGCCUGACAUUGGUGUGGAGGAUACCUCUUUACCUGAUUCUCCUCCUGUCCAGGAAGAGUACCUUACUCAUGCUUUUCCAGGUGGACCGAAUGAUCCGUCAAUACUGCGGAGUUUCAAUAGUCAUGUGGCUGCAGCUAUUUGGCACGGGGAG